UCUCAGCACCUUCUACCCCAGUCGGAUUCCACCUGCAAAGUGUGGAGAACGACGUCAAUUUCCAGUCUCCCUUAUGCCAUCUCUACCUUGUCUGGGAGCCUUGCGCCAGGACCGGAACGCUUAACAUCUCCUCCGCGUUCCUGCCGUAAGGAACUCGAGGAGACGACGUCCGUUUCCGGUUGGCUCCAGCUGGAAGGUUGAAUUUUGAGUGUCCCGAGAGGUCAGAUUGCUGUCAGACAUGGCCCCUGGGCAUGGACACGAACAGGGACAUGGACACGGUCACGGUCAUGAUCAUGGUAAAUUGGUACUUCCAGAUUACAAACAGUGGAAAAUAGAAGGAACACCAUUAGAAACAGUCCAGAAAAAACUUGCUGCACGAGGGCUGAGGGAUCCUUGGGCUCGCAAUGAGGCUUGGAGAUACAUGGGUGGCUUUGCAGAGAAUAUCACCAUCACGAACGUGUUGCUGAAAGGGUUCAAAUGGGGAUCUGCUGCAUUUGUGGUCGCCAUAGGGGUUGAAUAUCUCCUGACUUCCCAGAAUGAUGAUAAAAAGCAUCACUGAAGAUAAAAAGCAUCACUGAAGACGACAUCUGGUGACUUCUCUCUUAUAAAAGCAAGAUUUCCUCACUCUAGCGUCCUUGACUUGUAUGUUUGUCCUUGAAAGAAUGGUUUAAUAAAGUAAGGAAAAACUUUG